UGUGUGAGUGUCAGAAGCUGUCGUAAAAUAGCAGUCAACAUUCUAUCUCUUACUUUCCUCUUUUGUUCCUUCUCUCUUCAAACCAAAAAACCCUCGCCACCAGAAAAUGGCCUAAUUUCUCCGGCGAAAUUCGCCGCCGACACUUCAUUUUCCGCCGCCGAUCUCGAUUUUUACCAUGGAAGAUACACAAUCAGUUGCAACACUGAUGGACUCCACAACCUCUAAGAUACAGCAGCUACAGAAAGCAUUUGCUGAGCUGGAAAGUCAUCGUGCUGUUACACUAAACCUGAAAUGGAAGCAACUUGAAGAGCACUUUCAUGGGCUUGAGAAGUCUUUGAAGAGGCGCUUCACCGAACUGGAAGACCAAGAGAAGGAGUUUGAAACAAAAAUAGUUCAAUCUAAAAAGAUAUUGGAGAAUCGUCAAGCUGCUGUUAUCUCUUGUGAGAAAGCUUCACUUGAGAGCCUCCAAGAGAAAAGAGAUGCUGCAGUUUCUGCCAUUACUAUUGCUAUGGAGAAGCAUACGAAGUCUAAUUGCAUGGAACCUGCUGGUGCUACUCCUGAGGUGCAAGGUGAGUCGUCUAUGUUUGAUGCAAAGCCCCUUGAUUACAUACCACUUGAGAAUACAGAGGAUACUAUGAAGCCUUUCAAGAAUGGUGUUGUGGAAGUCAAGUGUUAUCCAGAUUUAGUUGAGUUAUGCCAAGAUAUGGACUCGGAAGGCCUCCACAAAUUUAUAUCUGACAACCGCAAGAACCUGGCUGCUGUAAGGGAGGAAAUUCCAUCUGCUUUAAGAACUGCUGUUGAUCCUGCCUGUUUGGUGCUGGACUCACUCAAGGGUUUUUACCCCUCAGAAGUAUCAAUUUCAGAUGCUAAAAAAGACGCAAAUCUUUUAGGUCUUCGCCGAACUUGUAUUAUGCUAAUGGAAUGCCUUGGCAUUUUAUUAACAACACUGGAAUUGGAUUCUGUUUCAAGUUUAAUAUCAGCAAGUGUUAAGGGACGGGCAAAAGCUAUUGCUGAGGAGUGGAAACCAAAGUUAGAUGAGCUUGACAUUGAUGCAAAUAAUGGGAAUUCCUUGGAGGCUCAUGCAUUCUUACAGCUUCUUGCUACUUUUGGUAUUAACUCCAACUUUAACCAAGAAGACCUGUACAAGCUGAUACCCAUGGUUUCACGUCGCCGCCAAACAGCAGAUCUCUGUCGUUCCCUUGGAUUGUCUGAGAGAAUGCCAGGUGUUAUUGACGUGCUGGUUAAUAAUGGAAGGCAUAUAGAUGCUGUUAAUCUAGCUUUUGCGUUUGAGCUGACUGACAAGUUUUCACCCGUUUCACUACUAAAAUCGUACUUGAAUGAAGCAAGCAAAGUAUCUUCACCUGUCAAAUCUGGAAAUGCACCACCUACUACUGCACAGAAUGAUGUCAACGAGAAGCAGCUGACUGCACUGAAGGCUGUGAUAAAGUGCAUCGAAGACCAUAAGCUUGAGGCGCAAUACCCCGUGGAUCCUCUCCAGAACCGGAUUCACCAGCUGGAGAAAGAAAAGGCAGACAAGAAAAGAGCAACUGAAGUUGCCAAACCUCAACCCAAGAGACCUCGUGCCAAUUGCGUAGGAAAUGGAGCUCGAGCCACUAAUGUUGCCUCUGACAAGAACUUCUAUGCUAGUAGAAUGACUGAUAGGUAUCCACAGUACAUAUAUGACCGACCAUAUGCUUACCCUGGACCAGCUGACACCCACGUUCCGUCAUUCCUUGGUACUGCCUACAACUUUCCUCCCGGACAUGGCAACUUCUUCGGAAAUGGUUACCACUAUCAGGCAACUUACCUGCACUAAUCGCUAGACUUUGCUGAAGAUCCUUUUAGCUGUUAGUGUUAACCCUUCUGCUUAACUAGUACUGAUAGUAGAGCCUAGUUAACUUCUAUUCUGAUGUAAAAGCUAAUACUGUGAUGUUUUAAUAUAUGCACUGCCUUUCAUGUUCA